AACGCCCCCGUUGUUGCGCAACGCGGAAGGAAGCAGGCGCACGCGUAGUCGUCUCGCGUCCGGGUCGGACGAACGCGGCGAGUGCGAAGCGGCGCGUCGUUCGUUUGGUUGCCUUCCUUCUCCGCCGUCGAUGAUCUCCCUGCUCGGUCGGAGCCUCGGCUCCGUCCGGAGGCUGAGCGGACCGUCGUGUCCCGCGGAAGUGAGUGCCGCGCGCGUCCGGAAGACGUUCGUGGACUUUUUCGAGAGCGAACGCGGACACUUGCUGGUUCCGUCCUCGCCGGUGCGUCCGAGAGGGGACCCCAGUCUGCUCUUCGUCAACGCCGGAAUGAACCAGUUCAAGCCCAUCUUGUUGGGCACGGCGGACCCCCGCAGCGCCAUGGCGUCGUACCGGCGGGUGGUCAACAGUCAGAAGUGCCUGCGUGCCGGCGGCAAGCACAACGACCUGGACGACGUGGGCAAGGACGUGUACCACCACACCUUCUUCGAGAUGAUGGGGAACUGGUCCUUCGGCGACUACUUCAAGGAGGAGGCGUGCGCGAUGGCGUGGACGCUGCUGACGGAGCGCUUCGGGAUCGCGGCCGACAGGCUGUACGUGUCGUACUUUGCCGGCGACGCCGCGGCGGGACUGGGACCCGACGAGGAGACUCGGCGCAUCUGGCUGGACGUCGGGGUCCCUCCGGCUCGCCUUCUCCCCUUCGGGCCGAAGGAGAACUUCUGGGAGAUGGGCGACACGGGCCCGUGCGGACCCUGCACCGAGAUCCACUACGACCGCGUGGGAGGCCGCGACGCCGCCGGCAUGGUCAACGAGGGGCGUCCGGACGUGCUGGAGAUCUGGAACCUGGUCUUCAUGGAGUACAGCAGGGAGGUGGGCGGGGAGCUCCGUGCGCUGCCGCUGCGCAGCGUGGACACGGGUUUGGGUCUGGAGAGGCUGCUCAGCGUCCUUCAGGGGAAAACUUCAAACUACGACACGGACCUCUUCGCGCCUCUGAUGGACGCCAUCCAUCAGAGAAGCGGCGCGUCGGCGUACGGCGGGCGUACGGGUCCGGGGGCCGAGGUGGACGCGGCGUACCGGGUGGUGGCCGACCACGCCCGGGCCCUGACGGUCUGCAUCGCCGACGGGGUCCAUCCCGGCAUGACGGGAGCCGAGUUGGUGCUGAGGAGAAUCCUGAGGCGAGCGGUCCGCUUCUGUACAGAAGUCCUGCGGGCUCCCCGGGGAACGCUGUCCAGCCUCGUGCCCUACGUGGCGCGCAGCCUGGGCGACGUGUAUCCGGAGGUCCGCCGCGAGGCCGCCAGGGUGAUGGACGUCAUCGACGAGAACGAGGAUCGCUUCCUGUCCAGUCUGCAGAAGGGAAGCCGGCUCAUCCGACGAACCCUCGCCGCGACGGAUGCGCGACGGGGGCACUUUCCCGCAUCGGUGGCGUGCUCGCUGCACCGGGACUUGGGCUUCCCGCUGGACCUGGUGGACUUGAUGCUGGAGGAGAAGGGCGCGUCCGUCGACCGGCAGGAAGUGGAGCGGCUCAUCGCGAGCCAACACGAGGUGGCGCCAGCCACGUCGGGACGGGCUGAAGCCGGCGGUCACGCGGCGACGGGCGCCGUCGUCCUGGCGGAGCUGCGACGGAGGGGCGUGGCCUACACGGACGACAGCGCCAAGUACGACUAUGCCCUCGAGCGGGAACGCUACGUGUUCCCGCCGUGCCGAGCGCGCGUGCUGGCUUUGUUGGACGGCCCGGCGCUGGUGUCCCAAGUGGCGCCAGGUCAGCGCUGCUGCGUCAUUCUGGACCGGACUUGUUUCUACGCCGAGCAGGGUGGACAGGACGCCGACCGUGGAUACUUCGUACGGGACGACCUUCAGGAAGUGCCCUUCUCCGUGGAGGGCGUGUCGACGGCCGGGGGCUACGUGAUCCACCAGGUGACCGCCGCGGACACCCUCGAGACCGGAGACCACGUGCACCUCCAUCUAGACCAGGCUCACCGGCUGGCGUGUAUGACGAACCAUACCGCCGUGCACCUGCUCAAUUUUGCCCUGUGGAAAGUUCUGGGUCCGUCGGUGCGACAAAGUGGAUCUCACGUGUCUGCUCGACGCCUCCGUUUUGACUUCAGCGUCAAGAGCUCGCUUAGUGCCAGUCAGCUUCAGGAGCUGGAGGCCUGCGUGAGGGCGGCGGCGGAGAACAAUCAGGUGGUGCACGUCCGGGAGGUCCCCCUGCAGGCCGCCCUGAAAAUUGCAGGCGUCCGGACGGUGGACGAGGUGUACCCCGACCCGGUCCGAGUGGUCUCGGUGUCGGUUCCCGUCUCCGAACUUUUGGAACAUCCCACAGUCGAACGCACGUCGGUGGAACUCUGCUGCGGAACUCACCUGCUGCAAACGGCUUCCAUCGGCGACCUGGUGAUUGUGUCUGAACGACAGUUGGUCAAAGGAAUCAGUCGUAUUGUCGCCGUGACAGGAACCGAUGCCACGCAGGCUCGGGAAGCGGGGCAUUUGCUACUCGAGGAAGUGGACUCUCUGUCGGCCAGGAUGACAGGCUCCGCCCCCUCCUGUCUGGACUCUGCGCACAGACUCGCCAAGGAAGUGGGCGUGGUCUCUGACGCGCUGGACAACACGCCCGUCCCCCAGUGGCUACGAGAGGAACUGCGGAUGCGCCUCAAAGCGCUGCAGAGGCGGAGCAACACUUUGGUCCGGAAGCUGGAGACGACGCAGGCGUCUGUGACGGCUCGGGCUCUGCUGGCCAAGAACGAACAGGAAGUUGUUCUGGUGGACUGCGUGGAGGCCCCGUCGUUGUCGGUCCUGAUGAAGACGGUGAACCACGUGAGUGCGGCGCGGCCCCUCGCCCACGUCAUGCUGCUGGCUCACCAAAGGCGUUCUGGGAAAAUCCUCUGCGCCUGUCGGGUCCCAAAGGACUCGGCGGCGCUUUCGGCGUCCGAUUGGGCGACGGCCGUGUGUCGGCGGACGGGCGGAGACGGAGGCGGCUCGGCGACGGUGGCCCGCGGAACGGGAAUCGGCGCCGACGCGGCGGAAGCCUCGGCGUGGGCCGAGAUGUUCGCUCGCAAUUCUUUGGCGACGUUAACGUUACGUGUUGGCGGACGGGAAGUGUGGGGGCGGGGCCAGACCAGUGAGCGCUGAUGAUUUGCGAUGAGCGGACGAAGAAUCGGCUUUCUUUUGAAAGGAACACUUGUCACUGGUCCCGUUUUGAAUCACUCGGUUGAGAAGAUAAUAUGAACAAUCGUGUCAUUAAAAGAGUCAUUUUGAUAACCCGUUGCGCAAUGU